GUACAAUCUCUGUGUGUACUGUACUGUUUAUCGUAAAUAAAUAGGGUUCGAUUUCUAGUACGGCUUCUUUGAUACUUAGAUAUUUGAUUUAUUAGUUUAAAUUUGUUUUGACUAUCACAAUAUUUAAAUCAGCAUAAUGAAAAUUUCUGAGCUACCCGGUGAUGAAGACUCCGGACUGACAAAUCGUACAUAUGUCUUCCAAAAUGAGAGCCACACACUAGGAAAUUCUUUGAAAUGUAUCAUCUCCAGAUAUGAAGAUGUUCAGUUUUGUGGGUAUACAGUCCCACAUCCUGCUGAAUCAAAAAUGCAUUUUAGGAUCCAAGCUAAAGAAACACCUGCAUUAGAAAUAUUAAAACGAGGCCUGGCUGAUCUUGAAAAAGUAUGCGAUCAUACACUAGAAUUGUUUGAACAGGAAGUAAAAGAAUAUCAAAAUAGUUAA